CGGCUAGGGGCCACGGGGACAGAGUACAGCAAGGACGCGCCCUCUCUCGCGCGCUUCUAGUGUCUGACUCCCGCCUCUGGGCAGGCCGAACAUGCGCACCUGGAAGGUUUCGCCCAGUUCACCUCCGGAAGUGCUUCCUUAGCCCGCCGCACAUGCGCGCUGGGGAGUAGUCGUAGUGGCGGUGGUGGCUGAAAAGGCGACGGAGUCGCGGCCUUGGUUACAGCAGGUUUCUCUGCAGUCUGAUAGACCCCCAAGGCCCUCACCAUGGACUUCCAGCAUCGUCCAGGGGGCAAGACUGGGAGCGGGGGUGUGGCCUCCUCUUCAGAGAGCAACCGUGACCGCAGGGAGCGCCUCCGGCAGUUGGCCCUUGAGACCAUCGACAUCAACAAGGACCCUUAUUUCAUGAAGAACCAUCUGGGCUCAUACGAAUGCAAGCUGUGCCUGACACUUCACAACAAUGAGGGGAGCUACCUCGCACACACCCAGGGGAAAAAGCACCAGACCAACUUGGCCCGGCGAGCAGCCAAGGAGGCCAAGGAGGCCCCUGCCCAGCCGGCGCCAGAGAAGGUCAAGGUGGAAGUAAAGAAGUUUGUGAAGAUUGGUCGCCCAGGCUACAAAGUGACCAAGCAGAGGGACACAGAGAUGGGCCAGCAGAGCCUCCUCUUCCAGAUUGACUAUCCUGAGAUUGCUGAUGGCAUCAUGCCACGCCACCGCUUCAUGUCUGCCUAUGAGCAGAGGAUUGAACCCCCAGACCGCCGCUGGCAGUACCUGCUAAUGGCCGCCGAGCCCUAUGAGACCAUUGCCUUCAAGGUGCCGAGCAGGGAGAUUGACAAAGCCGAGGGCAAGUUUUGGACUCACUGGAACCGGGAAACCAAGCAGUUCUUCCUUCAGUUCCACUUUAAGAUGGAAAAGCCUCCUGCCCCGCCAAGCCUGCCCGCUGGGCCUCCUGGAGUGAAAAGACCACCCCCCCCACUGAUGAACGGUUUGCCUCCACGACCACCGCUGCCUGAGUCUUUGCCUCCACCUCCACCAGGAGGCCUGCCUCUGCCCCCCAUGCCGCCCAGUGGGCCUGCACCCUCAGGGCCCCCAGGCCCUCCCCAGCUGCCCCCACCAGCUCCUGGUGUCCACCCGCCAGCACCAGUGGUCCACCCUCCAACAUCUGGGGUCCACCCUCCAGCUCCCGGGGUCCACCCCCCAGCACCGGUGGUCCACCCACCAUCAUCUGGGGUCCAUCCUCCUGCUCCUGGGGUUCACCCUCCAGCUCCAGGAGUCCAUCCUGCAGCCCCAGGUGUCCACCCUCCUCCAUCUGCUGGAGUCCACCCCCAGGCCCCAGGGGUGCACCCACCAGCUGCUUCGGUCCACCCCCAGGCUCCAGGGGUGCACCCCCCUGCCCCUGGGAUUCACCCCCAGCCUCCUGGGGUCCAUCCCCCUCCUCCUGGAGUUCAUCCCCCAGCUCCUGGGGUCCAUCCCCAGCCUCCUGGGGUUCACCCCUCCAAUCCUGGGGUCCACCCCCCGGCUCCCAUGCCCCCAAUGCUGAGGCCCCCGCUGCCUUCGGAGGGCCCUGGGAACAUUCCACCCCCUCCCCCAGCCAACUGAAAAGCUGCCUCUGUCCCUGCAAGUUUACUCCCAUGCUUCCCUGUCUUUUCCCUGUCAGAGUUUUUGUAUGGGACUGUGCCGUGUCCCCAGAGCUCAUUAAACAGCUGCCCCAGACA